AUGGUCCAGCCUAUCGAGGUCGACGCCCUCGUCGUGGGGGCGGGAUUCGGCGGUAUCUACGCAACGUAUCGUCUAUCCCGCAUGCAACCGCAUAUGAAAGUCCGAACCGUCGAAAUGGCUAGUGACGUCGGAGGCACGUGGUACUGGAACAGAUAUCCCGGCGCCAUGAGCGAUACAGAGAGCUACCUGUAUCGUUACUCUUGGGACAAGGACGACCUGCAAACGUACCCCUGGUCGCAACACUACGUCUACCAGCCGGAGAUCCUGAAAUAUCUCCAACAUGUUGUGGAGAAGCAUGAUUUGCGGAAGUUCAUGGUCUUCAACUGUCAGAUGAAGUCGGCAACGUGGGACGACAGUAUACGUCGCUGGCGGAUCGGGUGCUCCUCUAUUGGGAGCAGCUGCGAGAGGACCGUAUAUCAUGCUCGAUACCUCGUCAACUCGCUUGGUGUGCUUUCCAAGGCGAACUAUCCAGACAUUCCUGGCUUGAAAGACUACCAGGGCAUCACUUGUCACACAGCAAGGUGGGAUGCCAGCAUCGAGCUGAAGGGAAAGAAAGUCGGCAUCAUCGGCAGCGGUUCGACCGGCGUCCAGGUCAUGACGGCAAUCGCGCCCAUCGUGGGCCAACUCACCCUGUUCCAACGACGGGCGCAAUACUCGGUGCCCAGCGGCCAGGGUCCAGUCGACCCCAACUAUCGCGAAAAGAUCAACGCAGACUACGACAAGAUCUGGGACAACGUCUGGUCCUCGAGGAUGGGAUUCGGCGUCCCAGAAGUAACUCGUAAGGCAACGGACGCCACGCCUGAAGAAAGGAAACAGGCCUUUGAGGAGGUAUGGUCCCAGGGCAACGGGUUCCGCUUCAUGUUCAGCGCCUUUGGCGAUAUCGUCACCGACGGAGAAGCCAACGAGGCGGCCUGCGACUUCAUACGUGGCAAAAUCGAUGGUAUUGUCAAGGACCCUUGUAAGGCGCAAAUCUUGAAGCCCCGUGAGGCGUAUGCCCGACGUCCACUAUGCGACUUUGGAUACUACCAAAUCUUCAACCGCGAUAACGUCGACGUAGUGGAUCUCCAGGCCAAUGGCAUCAGUCGUCUGAUCCCUCAAGGCGUCGAGCUGGCAGACGGAACCGUCCUCGAGGUCGAUGUGCUCAUCUUUGCCACGGGAUUCGAGGCAGUUGACGGCAGUUACACGAGAAUCCGCAUCGCGGGUCGAAACGGAACGUUGAAAGAUCACUGGGGUGGCGGAUCUACGACCUUUGGCGCGGUUGCCUGCGCUGGAUUCCCCAACAUGUUUCUCAUCUCUGGACCGCAGAGCCCUUUUGCUAAUUUCCCUCCCAUCGUGGAGUGUGAGGUCAACUUCAUCAUGUCGAUUAUACAGCAUGCCGAGGGUCCACGGAAGCCGAUGAUCAUGGAGGCAAAGGCGCAAGCGGAGUCAGACUGGGUAGAGCUGUGCAACGGCAUGCUUAAGGGGUCUCUAUUCGCCAAGACGCCGAGUUGGAUUUUGAGCCAGAACAUUCCCGGGAAGAAGACCAACACCAACUUUUUCUUUGGCGGGUUGCGGCCGUACCUGCAGUUUGUUGACGAGCAAGUAUCUACAGGGUUCCCAGGAUUUCACCAGUCAGCAUCGCUUGGGGACGUCGCCCACUUAUGA